CGUGGUGCUCGAGCUGGGCGGACGCCGCGGCCGGGAGGACCCGAACCGCCGCCGCCGCCAUGAAGCGGCCUAAGUUGAAGAAAGCAAGUAAGCGGAUGACCUGCCAUAAGCGCUACAAGAUCCAAAAAAAGGUACGGGAGCACAAGAGAAAGGUCAGAAAAGAAGCCAAGAAACGAGGACAUAAAAAGCGAAAGACUGAUCCAGGAAUUCCUAACAGUGCUCCUUUUAAGGAGGCACUUCUUCGAGAGGCCGAGCAAAGGAAACAGCAGCUUGAAGAAUUAAAACAACAGCAGAAAUUGGAGAGACAGAAGGAACGGGCCAAGAAAAAACUAGAAGCUCAAAAUGUUUCUACCCCAAAGGAAGAACCGGUAAAGAAGGAGCCUGUGAAACCCAAAGAACAGCCGUCAAACAAACCAGACAACAAAAAUCUAAAAGGAUCCUUUUGUAGGGAACUUAAAAAGGUGAUUGAGGAGUCGGAUGUUGUGCUGGAAGUUUUAGAUGCCAGGGAUCCUCUAGGGUGCAGGUGUUCUCAAGUGGAACAACUCAUUAUCAAGUCUGGAGGAAACAAAAAGCUAUUGCUUGUCUUAAAUAAAGCAGAUCUGGUACCCAAGGAAAACUUGAAGAGAUGGUUGCGGUACUUGCAGAAAGAAUUUCCAACGGUUGUUUUCAAAUCCUCAGUGCAACCGAAAGAUAAAGUAAACCCGUCAAGGAAGAAGCGAAUGGAUAGUAAGGCUGGCCGGAUCAACCUCUCAAUUGGCCGUACCUGCGUUGGAGGUGAGGGCUUAUUGAAACUUCUUCAAAACUUUUGCAAGAUGGACAAUAAGACCAUCCAUGUUGGUGUGAUUGGUUUCCCCAGUGUGGGGAAAAGUAGCAUAAUCAAUAGCUUAAAAAAGACAAGCGCUUGCAUCGUGGGUCCAGCCAGGGGAAUUACCAGGAACAUGCAAAUAGUCAGUGUUGACAAGCAUAUAAAGAUGCUAGAUAGUCCGUGCCUUAUUGCAUCCCCUUAUAAUACAGCAGUUGCUCUAGCUUUGAGGAGUCUUACAAAUACUGCAGAUGAAAAGGCCGUGUUAGAGUUGAUGAGUGCAGUGUUGAAGCACUGCAGUAAGAAACAGCUCAUACUGCACUACAGAAUUCCAAACUAUAGAAAUUCCCUGGAAUUUUUAAUAUUGCUUGCACAAAAGAGGGGAAUGCACAAAAAGGGGAAUGUUCCAGACAGCCACGGUGCUGCUAGAAUGCUGCUCUCUGAGUGGACAGGAGCUAGACUGAGUUAUCAUUGUAAACCUCCUCCGUCUUUCAACUUUUCACCACACCUUACUGAAGAUAUUGUAGCAGCAAUGCAACAGGGAUUUAAUCGAGACCAGCUGGCUCAGGACAAUGCAAGCAGCAUUAAAGCCAUCCACUCUCCUAGCAUGAACUCCAGUAUUGUGUUUGAGUCUUCUGGAUUGAUAAAUGGCAUAAUAGAUGAAAAUCAUAUCUCUGAGGAAGAGUCGGAAGAUGAUGAUGACACUAGUAUGGGGGAAGAGGAUUCGGACAGUGCUGAUGAGGAUACUGAAGUCAGCUUUAAGCCAGCCCAAAAGCCAGAAAAAGCUCAAGCAAUAUUGGAAAGGCCCCACUCAGGUGAACAACUUGGUGCCCAAACAGAAGACUCUUUUCAUUUGGAUCAGGUGACUGAGGAGGAUGAAGCUUAUGACUUCAACACAGAUUAUGUGUGAUGGUCAAGGAAUGAGAUGAGUGCGUGUGGUGGUAGAGUAAAGCAAAUCCUGCAGAUGUGUACAGUUCUUGCUUUUGUAAAUAGUUAUUCUUCGUCCUUAUAUUAAAUGCAUCAAGUCUC